CGCGUUCGGGGUUGCGUUCUGAGGGUAGUGCCGAGCGGCCGGAGAAGGGAACGGUCUCGCGUGGGGGGAAGAUCGUAAAGGGUGGGGAUUGUUGACUACCUCUGCUCGGUUGGACUGUCAGUUAGUAUUGGGUUAGGUCAGCCCAUGGAAGCAUCGUUGAUUCGUUAUGCCUAUCAUCUUUCCGUUCGGGGUUGCUUGUAGAUUAGAAUAGUAAAAAAUUGUUAAAAAAUCGCAACCCAGAGCGAGAUAAUCCCUGUCGACGUUACGAUUCGCCGGCUGAGAGAAAGAGAGCGCGCGGAUCACCCUCGCGCGUGGAGCGCGCUCGCUUGUUUCUUCCGACGGGGAAACGAAAACAAUCGAAGACAGCGGUCGCGACGCGGCUUUUGUUUUAUCCGCGUCGUUAAUGUAGUGCUGUUCCGCGUCUUUCUUCCCUUUCCGUCGCGGAAGUGAGUGUGCCGGAGCGGAGGAAGUGCAUGGAGUGUGAUUGUGAGGAAAGUUGGCAUCACGGAUCUCAUAAUGGCACUCUCUUACCUACAAGACUCGCAAAUUGACACAGGUACGAUCCGUGCACGUUGGCUGGUAUACUCAGGGUUGACCGCAUGUCACCUAGGAGAGAGGCAGAUUAUUUUAUUUUAUCCCGAUAAGAUCUCAUUUCUAUACGUGUUUUCGUAGUGUGACGUGAAUGAUCUCGCGUUAACGUCAAAACUGUUCUUUCUGCUCUCUUUCGUCUUAUUUUCAGCCUGCUCUCGCAUCUUCUGCAUGAUUACCGAAUCUCGAGGUACAGUCGCGACACGAAUAAGUACGUUUCGCUCGCAAACAACUGUGUGGCUCGGAUUUACGAUCGCUCGUGUCUCUCUGACCGUUAUUAUUUCUGACAAAAUGGAGAAAGUAAUCGAGGAGGAGGAAUUCUGAUACCAACCGACUUCCAUUGAUGUCUUCUUCUUUUUGCUCUUUCAUAUUCUUGGCCAAUAAUCUUUCGGAUAUUGGCCUCCAGUGAAAGCGAAAACGUAAGUGGUGCGUCGGCGCUUUGAGGAAUAACCGUGAAAAAAUGAGAGGGGGGAACUGUGUGUGUGUGUGUAAAGUGCAAAUGCACAAAUAUAUAUGUAUAUAAAGAGAGAGAGAGAGAGAGAUGGAAGGCGAGAAGAGAACGAUUUCGUAGUUUCUUAAGAGCAGCGCGACUACUGGCGCCUCGCCAGGGUCUAAAAGCGCUCGCGGCGACACAACGCAUGUACGUUGUGACACAUUGUAAACAUCGAUAAGACCCAGGGAGAGUAGCGAAAUCGGCCGCCUGAGGAUACGCAAGGGGAAUAGUCGGGAGAAUGAGAUUCGCCGAGAGGUUUCGCGAGAGACUCGCGAUGCGCGUAUCCAAAAAUAAUCGCCGCGAUUGCUUCGGCACGCCUCUCGUGUAUCUUCUUCGUAAACGCGCUUUUCUCGAGCCGAUCUUCCCGCUCCUCGCAAUCGACUCGUGAUUUCGUAUAUUGUAUUGCAACAGUUGCGGCAAUACUUAGGCCGGUAUUCAUAGUCAGAUCUUAUACUUAAGAUCGUCCUGAGUUCAUCUUCAGGUGUUGUACGGAUCGUUUUAUUGACUACAUUCGAAGAUGAACCUAAGUUGGUUUUAAAUGUAAGAUGAUUAUGAAUGAACCAGCUUAGAGCGAAGCGAUACACUGUAAUGUGUUUAUGUACGAUAUACGAAAUUUCCUUUAAUAAAGCGAAGCUUGUAUCGAAACAACAGGUAAAAUCCUUGUCCCUGUGCCCUUUGACCGGUCAGAUCAAACCGCAUCUUUAUCAUUACGAAAUCUACCGUAUAGUCACCGCUAAGUAUCAGUCAGUGAGAUGUAUCUCGAACUUAUUCGUAAACCCUUUUCACUCAACUUUUACCCUUCACAGUAUGACGUCCAGUUUUGAACAGUCUAGCCACUCUCCGAGCGCUCGAACAUAAGUGCACUUUAAACCAGGGCGGUCUAGUUGCCGAUAGAGCUGCCGUAAGAUAAGACUACAAGGUGGAAGGCUCGAGGUAGAACUACAAGGGUUGCGCCCAAUUAUAGGGUAGACACAGGCAGCAGGGGCGGUGCUCUUCGCGUCGCGUUGCCAAGAAACGACGAUAGUAGGCUGUGAGGAUCCUGGUCGCCGUUGAGGGAAUUUUCGGGCGGAGGGAAGAAAGGGGGAAAAAGCAAGGCGGAAGAAACGUCGUGGCGCGCGCCCUUAUUGAUUCAACGACGCUGUCUCCUCUUUAAAUAGUCCGUUAAUUAGCGAACAGCGGCCAAGUGUCGGUCAUCGUUCCCUUACGCCCGAUUCCACCUCGUCGGAAACGCCUCCACCUAGUUUGCUUCAGACACAUAUUAUAAUUUCUCAGAUUUCAGUGUAAUCGCAUCGAAUAUCUUGAGAUCGCAGGAAUGAGCAUGUUGAUACGCCGUGUAGACAGUUUUCGUAAGAAAAAAGAAAAGAAAUUAGAGAACUUGAAGCAAUCCGUGUUUCGAUUUUCGUUCAAAUUGGCUCGCAUACGUAACGUGAAACGGUAAAAUUUGGAAACGUCCAAGCUACCGAAUAUAAAGUGAAUCGUAAUCGAAUCUCGUGGUCGCGCGCGACAAAUCGGAAAGAACCAAGUCACGCGUUAAUGACUGCCGCCUCCCCGUUGAUUUUCAACGCGACGUCGAUUUUCUUCGAGGGCUUGCGCGCCGAUAAAGUCGUUGGCCUCAAGUCGAAGAGGCGGUACGCCGGAGAACGCGUAGGUGGAGAUAGCCAAGUCUUAUGAAUGAACUCUCGUGUACGAGAGUGUGAGUGAAUGGAGGAGGAUCCAGGGAAUCUCACGUGUGAGCGACGUGUGUGGGAGGAGGGCACGUGGUAGGGAAGAGAGAAACAGAGGAAAAGAGCGAGAAGGGGGGAGGGGGGAGACGAAUAGGGUAAAGAAGCGCGAUGAGAAAUUCUCAUAAAAUUCGCCGUUUGAUCUGCCGAUAUUCCGUCCUCGUAACUGACUAUAUAACUGAUAAUAUUUCAGCGUGUUUUAUCCAACACUAUAAUGGGACAGUGUUUGGGUCUUCUAAGUGGCCAGCCUCUCACUAUGAAGCCGGACUCGGAGAAGAAACCGCUCAUAAACAAAGGCAAGAAAGCGUCUCAAACGUUAUUCCCUGCAAUUGGCUCACCUUCACCUACGAGCUUAUUGCUGACCCAGCAGCAGCUACUCGUCGCCAGUCGAACUGCAGCGUUUAUGGCUGCAGGUUUACCGGUAUCGCUACACACUAAUCCGUCGCUCUAUCAUCAUCAUUCUCACAUCUUCGCUAAUUGGGUGCCGUCAUCACCCUCGUCGCCUACCACCCUUCAGCACCCAUCGACACCGCAGGCAUCGCCGACCGUAGGGACGAGGAGCAGCACUCAGCACAAUCCACCCAGUACUAUUACUAGUAACAGCAACAAUAACAACAAAAACACCAACAAUAACAAUAUGGUGAACGAGAGCGACAGGACUGGCAAAAAGAAUCAGACCACCAAGAGGAAAUCCGCUAAAUCGAAAACGGACACAGCGCCACCACCUCCUGCAGAGGCCGCGACCUCGGCCAGUCCAGUUCCUACGAUCAGCCCUGAGGCGGGAAGGGACAGCAAAGACAAGGUGUUCACCUGUGGAGUGUGCUCGCGAUCGUUCGGUUACAAACACGUGCUGCAGAAUCAUGAACGCACGCACACCGGCGAGAAGCCGUUCGAGUGUCAGGAAUGCCAUAAGAGAUUUACCCGGGACCAUCAUCUGAAGACACACAUGCGACUUCACACGGGUGAAAAACCGUACCAUUGCAACCACUGCGACCGACAGUUCGUUCAAGUAGCGAAUCUCCGUCGUCAUCUGCGAGUGCACACUGGCGAGCGUCCGUACACUUGCGAAGUGUGCGGGGCCAAGUUCAGCGACUCGAACCAACUGAAGGCGCACGCGCUGAUACACAGGGGCUUGAAACCUUUUGAAUGUAGUACUUGCCAGGUACGAUUCAGAAGGCGACAUCACCUGAUGCAUCACAAGUGCGGCACAGGCCACCCGUCUCAAGCUGAAUCACGACCGCAAGCUGACUCGCAGUCGAACACGAGCGAGGAUCCGGAGGAUAUUAUCGAGACCGACACGCAAUCGGAUGACACAGACAGUACCGCGCACAGCGCCAAAAAAGUCAAGGGAGAGAGCCAGCAGAAGUCGCCGAGUCUAACGGUGGGUCAGCCCUCGGUACCGCUCGAUCUAUCCGGGAUCAAUCUGAUUCCCGUCAAUCUGCCCGAGCAAACGGAGCCCGAGGACUUGUCUAUGUCCGCUCGCCGAUUAAACACGGCUUCCAGCAGCAGCAGCAACAACAACAGCGGCUCCUCAACUACUCAGAGCAAUCCCAGCAGUGAUGCUGUCAAAGAGGACGAUGAAACGCGUGACAUCUCCGCUACCAGGUCCAGCGGUCUGUUCUCACGACAGCUACGGCGCAAAGGCAGCCGUCGUCAGGACAUGAACGCGCCCGGCAGCUCCAAGGACGAUCUCGCGUCCUAGUGGGAUCUUAUUGGUACGUAGAGAAAAGUACCCUCUUGUCCCCGAUGUCGGGCGGCAUCCUUCUGCUCGAAACGAGCAUUGUCGCGAGUCUUGUCGGCUGACGAAGAAGAAUGCGAGCGUCAAAGCGUGACAUACCGAUUGUCGUACGCUCCAAUUUCUACCUCGAGUCAAACUGGAUCAGCCAUGCGUCCGCUCGCACUGAUUCACCGAUAGGUCUCUAUAUCGAUUCACGGUCAUUAUAUUGUUA